AUGAAAUCAAUAUUAACUGGAGAUAUAGAGGAAGAAUACGUAUACGAAAAAUUACGCGAAUUAAAAGGUUUGAAAGAAAUAAGGACUACAGAUUUGAUAGGUAAUUAUUUAAUUUACUUCAUUUUGCUUGUUAACAAAAUUAUUGAAAAGAAUGAACAGGUUAAAGCAUGUGCAGAAUUGAAAGAGGAAAAGGAAAAAAAUAAAUUAAUAAAAGAAAAUAUAGAUAAAAUAAAAGAAAAAUUAAAGCAAAGUAAAAAUGCGACAAUUUUAAAAAAGGAGGUAGUAAUAAGUUAUAACCCUGAUGAAAAAGGGAGUACAGUAUAUUCGAUUGAAAAAAAGGUUCAUGAAAAAAAGAGUCUAAAUGAAAUAAAAAAAAAAAAUGAAUCCUAUGAUACAAUUUCAGAUGUCGAGAAAAAUAUCCAUACGAAGGCUAACAAUGAUACAACCAAUAUUUCCACCCACGAUGACAGAAAUAAUGUUAACAAAAAGGUUAAGAAAUGCAAUUUUUCCACACUUUGUUAUGAUCUCACGUGUGGGUUCCAUAUUUGCAUAUCUUUGUUAAUAAAUAAUUUGAAGGAAAACAAAGACAUCGAAAGGAAAGUAGUUCCUCAGAAGCGACAGGACGAAACGUUCAAUUUUUUAGAGGGUGAUAGAAAUAACAGUGGAGAUGGUAAAUAUCUCUCAGGAAAAACAAACUUAAAUAAUGACAACUUAAGAAGGGAUAAAUGUUGGGGUAACCCUUCACAAAAAGAGUGUAGACAUUUUGAACUAAACCUGAUAUAUAUUGCAUUAUGCUUUUAUCAUAUGUAUCUAAUAAAUAAUGAAAACACGAAUAAUCUGUAUGUUAGUUUAUUCUUAUAUUUGCUUUCGUUUCCACAUUUUAAGAACAAAGAAAUUUCACAUUACAUAUGUAUAAACGAAAAGGUGUAUGUAAAAUAUGAUAUCAGCGUGUCUAGAUUUUUAUUUCUUAUAUGUAAAACUAUUGGAUUAAUUUGUAAAAGGAAAAGAGAUAUUUACUCCUGUCUGUUCUUCUUAACAUACAGUUUUUUGUUCCUUAAAUGUGCGCAUACUAAAUGGGAUAAUUAUAAUGAGGAAAAUGAAGAAAAAAUAUUAAAGGCAAAAGAAAAAAAUACAUAUAAUACUUACCAAGAACUUAUAAACAUUUUCCAACAUCUUAAUCAAAUAUUCUUAGAGUUUAACUUCUCCACAGUAUCUACUUUUCUCGUGUUGAAAAGUAUUGAUCUGCAUUCAUUACUCUUAAAAAGUGAUAUAGAGGAGGUGAAGGUGGAGGCUUUGGCAGAGAAAGAGGCAAUCACAAAUAUUCAUCAACACACCCUGCCUCGUAAUCAAUUUGUCUAUGUGAAUAACGAAGGUGCAGAAAAUUACUCUCUCCACGAUCAUUGCCACUACUACUACUGCUACUACUACCACUACUGCUACUACUACUACCACUACUAUUACUACUACUAUUUCCACUUUCCUGACAACCAAAGUUCUGACGAUGUAUUGAAGAGAGGUAAAAGAAGUGACGCAUGGCUUGAGGACAAGCUAAAAAAGAUAAUGGAAACAACAUCUUCUCUAUUUAACAAUAUAAACGAAUGUAGUUACAUUUUCUUAGAUUUGCACAUGUUGUGUGUAUAUGAACAUCUUCUUCUUUUUUCCUUCUAUAUGAUAAAAGAUGUUCACAAACUUUUUAAUCAAUUGAAAAAAGAAAAAGAAAAAAAUCAUUUGAAGCAAUACAAAUAUAUGAUUUACAGAAGUUUGUUAGAGAUUUACAUCAUAUAUUUAAAGUACAACUAUUUGAAUUAUGCCAAAAGGGGUGGAAACUACAUCUCAUCAGACACGUAUGCCAAUGUGUGUAAGAUAUAUAUAAGUAUUGACAAGACAAAGCAAAAAAUUUUUUCUUUGCUUCAAAAGGAUUGUGAGAAUUGUACAAUAGAGAAGAAUUUUCAUCGCAUGGAACAGAAAAAAAACGAAUUAGUAAAAAAAAAAAAAAAAAACGAAACAACAAGCUGUGAUGAAAAUGAAGAGUUUGUCAAUAGGGAAAACUUUCAUAGGAACAAAAUUUGUAUACGUGAUAACAAGAUAGUUCUGGAGAACGAAGAUGCAGAAUCAAUCUCCUGUUUACAAAACAUCAUAAGCGUGAACGCUGAUAAUGUGAAAUCUGUUCCAAAUGGAGAACCGAUGCAUACCUUUUUUCAAGAGACAACGCCACUACGUCUGAAUGAUGAGAUUUUUUCUCUUGUGGGUGACAAUAAUAUCAUAUAUAAGUUCAUAUAUGAGCAAAUUAUAAGAGAUAAUAAUUUCAAUUUUUAUAAGGACGAAAUGGUUGAGGUGGAGGAGGAGGAGAAGAAGAAGAAGAUGGACGACGACGAAGGUGAAGAAAAACUUAGCCAUAACAGCUUUGCCAUCUCCGGAACGCAUGAAAAAAUGUCUUUUUCGAUUUUCCUUCGAGAGAAUAUGAAGCAAAUAAAUGAUGUAAUGGCAGAAAUUUUUAUCUUAAUAAAAGAGGAAAUAUCGUUGAGAUACGAAUUCCCUGAUACAGUAAGCACCAUCAUGACCAGUGUAAACACCCCACCCGUUGUGAAUAUAAAAAUAGAGAAGGUCCAUGCUGAGGAAUUUUUCCAAAUAUUUCAGUUUAACAGAAUUAACUUACCACACAUGAAACUGGACGUAAGCAACGUUUUUAAUGCAGAAUACAAUAAUCUAGCCAUUAAUAAAUUGAAAAAAGUGUAUACAUGUUUCUCUAAGGAUAGGAAUUAUCGAGAAUAUGAGCAACUCCUUCAAUCAUCACUGAAAAAUUCAAAGAGUGAAGAAAGAACAGCAUGCAAUAAUAAUUCCGAUUAUAUACAUUACUUAUGCUACAACUUUGGAGAAACACAAUUUUUGUUUAAAAAGGUGAAAAAAUAUAAGAAAAAAAGUCUUGAACAUUUCUCCCUACUUAAUGAAACAACAUUACAUUUGGAUAUCUUACUAAAUUCAAGUGAGUCAUAUUUUUAUUACAAUUUUUUUACAAAAUCGUUUGAUGAAUGCAUGAAGAAUUGUAUGCACAUGUUAAGAUCAAUCAGUUACCCCUUAGCACAUAUAACACAUAAACAGUAUUUAUCAUACAAAAGAGAAUUGUCCUUAAAAUGUGCCCUAUUAGUAAAAGAUAUUUUUAUUUGUAAAAAAUACAAUACCCUUAUUGAUAAUAUAUAUGUAAAUGAGAUUAACAAAAAUAAAAAUUUAAAUUUUGAUGAUAAUAUUUCAGGUGCUCUAACAUGUGAGCAAAAAAAAUUAAUAUUGGAAAUAAUAAAAUAUUAUUUCUUAUUUUUAAAUACAUAUGAAAUUGAAAAAGAGACAUCAACAAGUUCAAUACUCUUUGAAAAUGAAGAAGAAAAAAAUUCCUACUUUGAUAUAUAUUUUUAUGUGUGCAAAACAUUAUCUACAGUGGACGACAAAAUGUUCAUAUCACAAGCACUUCAACAUUACCAACGUUUGCUGAAUUACGCUACGAAAAAUAAAAUGUACAACGAUGAUGGAUACAACCAAUACAUGCAAAAUGUGUGCACGAAGUCGAUUUAUGUGUUGCGUUCCAGGUUGCUUGAGUUUUCAUAG